CAGAAAUUUUAAUGGCCUCUUCGUUGUAAAGCUGCUUAAUCAGCUAGCGCGAAGGCUGACAUUUCAAGAUGACUUCGAUUCAAGACGAAAGGAUACUUGUUGAAAUUGAAGAAUCUCUUAUACAGGAGGAAGUGAACAAAGUGUUAACCGGGUUGUCUUCUACAGCUGAAGAUGGUUCAGUAGACAUGCAUGGGAAACCACCAUUGAAGCAGAAAACAGGAAACUGGAAAGCUUGCCCCUUUAUUCUCGGCAACGAAUGUUGCGAGAGAUUAGCUUACUAUGGAAUCGCCAAGAAUCUGGUCACUUAUUACACAAGUGAAUUGCACGAGUCCAAUGUUUCUGCAGCUAGGCAAGUCAUGAUUUGGCAAGGAACUUGCUAUAUCACACCUCUCAUUGGAGCUAUGAUUGCUGAUUCUUACUGGGGAAGAUACUGGACAAUUGCUUGUUUCUCUGCUGUUUAUUUCUUUGGAAUGGCUUUUUUGACACUCUCUGCUUCGGUUCCUGGUUUAAAGCCAGAGAAAUGCUAUGGCGUUGCUCUCUGCCCACAAGCAACAACGGUUCAGUAUGCAGUUUUCUUCUCCGGGCUUUACCUUAUGGCGCUUGGUACAGGAGGAAUCAAACCAUGUGUGUCAUCUUUUGGUGCUGAUCAGUUUGAUGAUACUGACCCGAGAGAACGAGUCAGUAAAGCUUCGUUCUUUAACUGGUUCUACUUCUCGAUCAACAUCGGUUCGUUUGUCUCAUCGACUUUACUAGUGUGGGUUCAAGAGAACUCCGGGUGGGGGCUCGGUUUCUUGAUCCCCACUGUUUUCAUGGGACUCUCUAUCGUCAGUUUCUUCUUUGGAACUCCGCUUUAUAGGUUUCAGAAACCAGGAGGCAGCCCGGUUACUAGAGUUUGCCAAGUUCUUGUAGCUGCAUACCGUAAACUGAACCUCAACGUCCCUGAAGACGUCGCAGAUCUUUAUGAAACUGGAUCAGUGAUUGCUGGAAGCAGGAAGAUUGAGCACACAGACGGUUACAAGUGUCUGGACAAAGCUGCAGUGAUCUCAAAUUCUGAUGCUUUUUCCAACCCAUGGAAGCUAUGUACAGUAACUCAAGUCGAAGAAGUUAAGAUUCUGAUCCGUAUGUUUCCAAUAUGGGCUUCGGGGAUCAUCUUCUCGGCCUUGUACUCACAGAUUUCCACUCUGUUCGUGCAACAAGGACGGUCCAUGAAACGUACCAUUCGCUCUUUCGAGAUCCCUCCCGCUACACUCGGAGUUUUCGACACUCUUACAGUGCUAGUAUCAGUUCCAGUCUAUGACCGUUUCAUCGUACCCUUUGUGAGACGGUUCACUGGCACACCAAAAGGAUUCACUGAUCUGCAGCGAAUGGGAAUUGGUCUUUUUCUCUCUGUCCUAAGUAUUGCAGCUGCAGCUACUGUUGAGACAGUGAGAUUGCAGCUUGCUAGAGACACUGUUUCGAUGAGCAUCUUUUGGCAGAUUCCUCAGUACAUACUAAUGGGGAUUGCAGAGGUGUUCUUCUUCAUUGGUCGGCUUGAGUUUUUCUAUGAGCAAUCGCCAGAUGCAAUGAGAAGCUUGUGCAGUGCUUUAGCGCUUCUCAAUACAGCAAUUGGAAGCUACCUGAGCUCGUUGAUCAUCACUCUUGUGGCGUACUUCAGUACAAUUAAUGGUGGAGAUGGUUGGAUUCCAGACAACCUUAAUGAAGGACAUCUUGACUACUUCUUCUGGCUUUUGGUCUCUCUUGGACUUGUCAACAUUCCUGUUUAUGUCUUCUUCUCUGUUAAGCACACGCAGAAGAAGGCUUUGUAAGCUUAUUUGCUCUUCUGUAAUAUGUGUAUAUGUGGUAGUUCUGGUUCAUAGUGUUUAUGGUGAUGCUCUUUGUUAUGUGGUUUGUACAGUCAAGGUUGCUGGUAUAUUUUGUAAAUAUGAAUAAAGUUUGGGCCUUGAUGUUUUGUAAAUAUAAAUAAUGUUUGGGCCUUUGAUGUAAGGAAAAGAAAGUUAAGGGAGAUAUAUUGAUU